ACAAUUGCUCAUUAAAAUACACAUUCAAAAAUAUGCCAAGUAAAUUUAAGUUUAGCUGCUGACUAUCACAAGUUCAUUUUAGUUUUGCUAGAAUAUCAUUUACUAAUGUAUACAGAAGAUUAAAAUGGAAAAUGAAGGCAGGUGUAAUGGCACACUUUGAAGGCUAAGAUAGGAACAUCAAGAGUUUGAUUGAAGUCAGUUUGAACUACAGAAUGAGACUCUAUGUAACACCCCCAUACACACACUACAGUAAAAUUACAGUGGAAAAACGAUAAUGUAGAAUUAUGAAAUUGUUGUUUUAAAAUAUAGAACAAAAUGAUGCCAGUAAAUGUCAUUCAGUCACAAAAAACAAAUUACAGAAACAUGAGUUUACGUUUGCAAGCAUUAAAAAAUUUUCAGUUUGUUUUGAGUAAUGCACAUUAAAAAUCUGUGAUGAUGCACUAGGCAGGGCCCACAGAUCUGGUCAAGUCAACCAUAAAAUAGAGGACACACUCUUCAUUUUCUUUAAGGUUCAUUUUAUUUCAUGAACAUAUUUGAUGUAACUCUCAGUUUUUCAAUCAAGUGCUGUAUAGUUAUUCAGGAUAGCAGCCCCAGCACACAAUAUGCUAUUGCUCUAGUCUUAGGGCCAGUAGUCCAGUCAUUUCACACACACACACACACACACACACACACACACACACACACACACACACACACUUAGAGUGAACACUUUCAUAUCUUUCCCAGACUUACACCAUGUGACGUGUGAUCCAGCUGUGGUGUGACUGCUUCCCCACAGUCUGCAGUGACAUUCUGCUGCUGCUGCUUCAUCUCAGGGAAACUGGCUCAUAACUGAGAAUGUAAUGUUCUAGUCAGUGUCUGUGGGUUUCCAGUUUCACCUGUGCUAUACUAAUUUCCAAAGAAUAAGUUAUGCAUUAAAAUUAUUUAAGAGUAUCAGGCAAUUACUAUGAAUUCAUUCUUUAUUAAAAAUAAUCACUAUUUAUUCCUGCUCUCAUUAUGUAUUUCAUAAAGAUUUCAUGGACCUAAUUUGAGUAGCUAAGGUCUUCACCUUCCUGAGAUUCCUGAAGACUUAUUAAUGUUGCUGACAGUGGACCGUGCACCAGGCAACACCAUGUAUCUUGUCACCUGAAAGUCACACAAUCACUCUGUGUUCUCUCUGAGCAGUCCUGCUGCCUUUUGGUCAUUACUUCCUAACUAUGGUAAAAAUGAAAAUGAAAAUGAUACUUUUGAUCUAAUAUGUUUGUAUGUUUAUCAUAUUAUUAUCUCUUCAAAGCACCAUAAAUUCAUGUUUUAAAAUCAAAUGCUGUGAUAAUGAAGGGGUAAAGUGAUUUUCCUCAGAGGAAUGUACAGCUAUGCACUAAGGAAUUAUGCAACUCUACAUUGGUUUCUUUUAUAUACAUCUUUCCAGACAGCUGCCUGCAGACUGUUUGGUCUUUAAGCCUGGGUCAAUUCAAUAGUGAUGGCUUCUCCACAAUUAUCAAUGUUUAUGGGUACACUUAGGUUUUAGUACUUACAACUUAAACUAUUGUGAAAACCAGAAACAGCAAUAACCUUCAUUUCCAGGGUCUGCUUCGAAUGUGCUCCAGUGCUUUUGCGGCCUGAGCAGCCCUGACCUUCACACACCUACAGACUACAAGGUAUGUAUACAGUUAGUAAAUUUCCAGCAUGUCACAGAGGGUCUAAUUCUCCUCGGCACUAUACUACUGUGUAGAUUUUAUCUCUGGUGUUUUCAUCUAUUCUGACUUCCUAGUUAGCAUUACAUUAGUAUAGAUCUUUUGAAUCUUCUAUUUAGGAACUGAUAAAUUCUUAAAAUUUAAAUUAAAAUAAACACCUUGGAUUGGCAUGCACACUAGUAACUCCAGCACUCAAGAGACAGAAGCAGAAGGAACAUAAAUUUGAGAACAUCCUGGACUACAUAGCAAGCUCAAGGCCAGCAUCAGCUAUAUAGUGAGGUCUGUAAAAGCAUAAACAGAAAAUAAGCAAACAAGCAACCAACACUCAGAGCUUCAAGGUAUGCCUUUGUUUUAGAGUGCUUUCCUAGAAUGUGCAGAUUUACCCCAGUAUUGCAAUUUUUUUUCAAGUAAAACAAAUGACUUUUCUCAAUGCAUAUAUGUGUUAACACCUCAGCUUGUAGCCAUAGUAGCUAUGGACUUUUCUGGUCCAGUCUCACCUCCAGUGAGCCUAAGAGAUGGAUGACGCUUGAUAAAGAUGUGUCAUUUUCUUCAUGUGAUAAACAUUUAUAAAGCUAUGGAUAGGAAAUGAAGGGGUUGAAGUGCUCAUCUUUGGGAUAAGGAAAAACAUUUGAGAUUACUGUCUUCUACCUGAUUGUAGUGUCAUCUUUUUGUAUGACUUACAAUACAUAUGCGACAUUAAGGAAUUGUAUAUUAAUAAUAUAUUAAUUACUAUUUUUAGUAAUUAUCUAUGAAUAGAUUAAUUCAUAAUAAAUGGUUGUACAUAUAUGGUUUGUCCAUUUGCAUUUUUAAAGUUGGAAUUGGGCUACAAGUCUUUUUGUUUGGAGAUCAAGCCUUGAAUUAAAUGGUACCUUGGAGCUUUUAUUUAUUUAUUUAUUUAUUUAUUUAUUUACUUACUUACUUACUUACUUACUUACUUACUUACUUACUUAUAUGUUUAUGAGUUUGUCCGUCUGUGAUAUAAGGAUUUGUCGCCAUUCUUAUUGUAUCUUGUUGGGCCAUGUUUGGUGGAUAUCCCUGGGAGGCUGGAUAUAGGAUUUUUUUUUUAAUGGAAACAGAGAAUGAAUUGAUCUAGGGGAGAGAGGAAAUGGAGGGAGGGACUGGAAGGAGGGGAGGGAAGGAAAGAGGGGAAACUGCAGUCUGGAUGUAAUGUAUGAGAGAAGAAUGAAAGUUUAAAAAAGGUUUAUUUUAUUGUCCAUAUAUGAGUGCUUUGUAUGCAUAUAUGUCUGUGCUCCACUUUCAUGCCUGGGUCUGAGAGGGCAGUGGAUUCUCUGGAAUGAGUGUUACAGAGGGUUAUGAGCCACCAUGUCAUUGCUGGGAAUCUAAUCCGGGAGAGAUGGCUCAGUGGUUCAGAGUACGUUUUACUCUUGCAAAGAACCUGGAUUAGAUUCCCAGCAACAUCAUGGUGCAGCUGCUGUAAGUACAUGUCGGUGGGGAAAUCAGAUGUUUGGCUCUGGCAAUUGGGAUGAAUCUAUUCCUUUACUAGGUUAAGCUUUUAAAGGGCAAAAUUUGUGUAAUAUUAAAUGUGGUUUAUUGUCUUGUAUUCAUAAGGAGCUUUUAGAGGGUUAUCAGCCACUAACUCCUGUACUAUUUCUAUACAUAUAUGUGUGCAUGCAACUAUAAAUGUGAAAUACAUGAGUGAACUUGAAAAUACAAUUGGACACUCUUUUUCUUACAAGAACCUGAGUCAGUGAAGCAGUUUUCUAUUCCUCUAUCAGAAAGAUGAUUUUAAAGUACUGAAGUAAAUUAAUUUGAUAAAAUAAUGACACUGGUAACCAGGCCAAAUAACUAACAUGGGUACCAAAGGUGAGACUGUUGAGUGGAACUGUCUGGUGCUGAUGACCUCUGAUAACACUGCGUCCUUGGUUUCUACGGCUUGGGAAGGAAUCUCUUUUAAAACAGAAAUUCCAAAACGGGGUCACUAUAUGGUCAUCUUCAGCGAGUUCAUGUUUGCCACAGUGUGUUGAAAAUAGUGUCUCAUGUUCUCUCUUGUCGGAGGCUCCUAGCUCCACAUCUUCAGGUUACAUAGCCUGUAGUAACUACAGAAAGCAGGGUAAAAGGACAAUUGCCAGGAUGGGGUGGGCUGGUAGGGAACAAUGGAGAGGGGACAAGUAAUAGAAGGGUACAAGCAGUCUGAUCAGGGAAAUGGGAAAAGGGAGCUCCUUGUGUGUGGGGAGAGAGGGUAAAGGAGAAUGGCAGGAUACAAGAGAUCUGAGAGUGUAUGUGGGGAAAUGGGAGCUCACUAGGGAGGAAGAAGGAGGUAAAUCCAGAAGAAGGCAGGAGAAAAGUAAGGGUAAUAGCAGGGUACAAUGGCUCUGAUAGGGAAAAUGGGAAAACAGGAAGGGGACUCCUUCGGUGGGGGGAGGUAGGUAAAUAGCAAUAUGGAUGGCUGGAAAAGCUAUAAUGAAUCACACUGUUAACCAUUUACUACCCGCCCCCUCUUCCACAAGGAAAGAAAAACAGUGCUUGUCUCAAUAGCUGGGAGUUAGUUCUUUAAACCUGAGGUAAAGUUCACAAAAGUUUUAAACAGGGUGGAAAGUAAGCUGAGAGAUAUCUAGGGACAUUUAUAACCAUAAUGGUUACAAUUAAUAGGGUGUGGAAAGUGCAGUAAUGACCUCCAACUGUAUCUAUGUCUUUAAUUCCAGAUAAUGGGGAUGUAAGAUUCCAUGGAAAAGUGAACAUAAAAACAGAUUAAUUGAGAUAGACAUUUCGUGGAUUAAAAUAAUGAGAUUAUCAUGAAUUAUCACUGUGAUUCCAUUAGAAUUAUGAGUCAAAACAUGGAUAGUUGAAAAUAGAGCUUAUUAAAAUUAUGAAAUGUGAGGCUGACUCACCUUGCUCUUUUGGAUUUCUUUUGUGAUUUUUUUCCCAGAUCAACAUCAUUUUUAUUUAGUUGUACAAAUAAGAUUAAUAUUCUGUGUUCAUCACUACUGUUUUAGGUGUUAACUAUAAAACGAGGCAAUUUAAAUCAAUAAGAUUGGAUUUCUAAAGCAUAAGGCCUAGGUACAAUAUUGGCACACAAAGUGUGCAUUCUUUAUAGGAUGCAACUUUGAAUGCCUUUAUUAUCUCUAGUAUGCUAUAUAUACAGGUAGAUACAUGGAGAAAUAUAUCAAAAUAUAUGAUAUCCAGUCUGGAACAUCAAAAGUUAAAGAGAGAGGUUAAUCAAGAAUAAGUAGGUAAAACAGAAUGAUGGUAUAGACAUACUGACCAGUGAAUCACAAGUUUGAUGCAUACUCUAUUAUUUUUUCCAUGUAUAUGAAAUAUGCUUCCACUAUAAUGUCAAGAAGAAUGCACUUUCCACAUAUGUCCUCAUUAAAGAAUAUCCUUUAUUUCCAAUCUGGACUUGGAGUCACAGCCAAUACGUUUCUUCUUUUUUCCUACACUGUCAUAAUCCUGUGUCACAGACCUAAGCCCAUGGACCUGAUCUCCUGUCAACUGACCUUCAUCCACAUAGUGAUGGUCCUCACUGGAGGGGAUAUUUGGCUUACACACGUAUUUGAGUCACUGAACCUUGAGAAUGACUUCAAAUGUAAGGCAACUUUUUACAUAAGCAGGGUGAUGAGAGGCCUCUCCAUCUGCAUCACCUGCCUCCUGAGUGUGUUCCAGGCUGUCACUAUCAGUCCCAGUACCUCACUGUUGGCAAAAUUUAAACAUAAACUAAAAACAUACACAAUCUAUGCUUUCUUCUACCUCUGGUCUUUCAAUUUGUCAUUCAGUAGUAGGUGGAUCUUCUAUGUUGGUGCUUUUACCAAUGUGAGUGAGAGCAACCAGAUGAAGGUCACUGAAUCCUGCUCACUCUUCCCCAUGAACUGUAUCAUCAGGGCACUGAUUUUAACAGUGACAGUCUCCAGAGAUGUCUUUCUUGUAGGAGUUAUGUUGACCACAAGUGCAUACAUGGUGACUAUCUUGUUCAGACAUCAGAGACAAUGCAAGCAUCUUCAUAGCAUCAGCCACCCGAGAGCAUCCCCUGAGAAGAGGGCCACCCAGACCAUCUUGCUGCUGGUGGUUUUCUUUGUGGUUAUGUACUGGGUGGACUUCAUCAUCUCAUCCACCUCAGUCCUGUUAUGGACAUACAACCCAGUCAUCUUGACUCUUCAGAAGUUUGUGAUGAAUGUCUAUCCCACAAUUACUCCUUUGGUACAAAUGAGUUCUGAUAACAGAAUAAUCAAUAUGCUGAAAAACUUGCAGGCAAUGUGCCACCAGAUUUUUAAAAAAUGUUAAUUUUUCUCUUCUUUCAAAAAAACAAUUUAUUUAUAUGUAUGAGUGUAGUGCCAGCAUGCAUAUAUGUUUGAAUUCCUCAUUCCAACAGAGGUCGGAAGAGGUCAUUGGCCCUGCCCCCUUGCACUGGACAUACAGAUGGUUGUAAGGAGUCGUGCUGGUGCAGCACCAAUAAUUUUUCCCAAAAAACAGAUUCUUCUUAAACUGUUUAAUAGUUCAAGUAGCAAAGCAUGAUUCGUCAUAUGAUUGAAAUAAAAUGUGUGAUAUUACAUGUGAACACACUUGUGACAUUUCUGCUGCCAAGUACUAUAAAGUUCAUUGUACACCAUAAGUUGUUAUUUCCACAGGAAUUCUCUUACUUGCUCUCUUUUAUUUUAUAUCAUAAAUGUUCCCUAGAUGCUGAGGUUAUUCAAGGAAGUUCCUUAUUGAUAGUGACUUUCUAAGAUUUUUUUUAAAAAAUAUUUUAAUUUACUCUAAACAUUCCAGGAUAUUUUAAAUAUCCUAUUGUAGCUUUAAUUCUGUUUCCUAAUUAUAAUUUCUCUGGAUCGUAAAAAUAAUGUGAAUUUAAAUUUUCCAUUUUUUACCACAGUUAGUUAAUGAGUUGUAUAUGAAAAUUUCAUGUGCCUAUUUAUUUGCCCUCAUUUCAUCUACAUUUAUUGAAAUACUAUUGGUUACUGAAAAUGUUUAUAUAUACAUACAAAUUGUACAAUGUGUUUUUAUGUAUGUGUGUGUGCACAGACAAAGGAUUUGUGUGCAUGUGCUCGUGCAGGCCAUGAGACAAACUUGGCUUGUCUUCAUAUUCUAUUUACCUUGUAUUUUGAAAGAGCAUCUCUCGCUGUGAUGUGGGUCUUGCCAAAUAGCCCAGUAUGGUAGUCUCCGGGAUUGUCCUGUCUCUGCCUCUACAACUCUUUGAUUGCAGGUGUGCACCAGUAUACCCUAAUUUAGUUGUUAUUUGUUUUCUUGACUUCCAGCGUAUUAAGUUCUUUAUAUAUAUUGGAGCUUAGUCCUCUAUUAGUUAUGUAGUUGGUAAAAAUGUUUUCGCAUUUUUUAGUCUGCUGCUUUGUCUGAAUGUUGGUUUCUUUACCUUACAGAAACUUUUCAGUUUCCUGAGAUCUCAGCUAUUAAUUGCUGUUCUUAGUGUCUGUGCUAUCAGUGUUCUGUUCAGAAAGUCUUUUCCUAUAUCAAUGAGUUCAAGGCUAUUCCUCACUCUCCCAUCAGAUUCUGUGUAUCUGACCUUAGUCAAGGUCUUUGAUCCAUUUGGAGUUGAGCUUUGCGCAGGGUGAUAAGAAUGACUCUAUUUGCAUUCUUCUAUAUGCAUCCACCAGUUUGACCAGCAGCAUUUGUGGAAGAUGCUGUAUUUUUUCCACCCUGCAUUUCUGGCUUCUUUAUAAAAGAUCAGUUGUCCAUAUGUAUGGGAGUCUUUGCAACCAUUUCAGUCUCCAGAGUAAUGAUCCAGAUGAGGCAAGAAGGUAGUUUUAUUCAACACAACUCAGUAGCCUAUGUUGAUUCAAACUUUGAGAUUCUGAACCUGAGUAGUUUAUUUUAGGCAUAUUUAAGGAUAGCACAAUUUGGUGAAAUUUUUUCUGUUGAUAAUUAACUCAAUCCUAUGUGCACAACAAAGCUUAGCAUAUGAUUACAUUGAAACUCUUUGUAAAGUAAAAGUGACAUCUUCCCUAAAGAUAGCGUCUAUAGAUUGACUUAGACAAACAAUCUCUAGGCAAGGGUCUUGGGGGAAGAAUCUGGUGUGGUCUCUGUCACACAGAUAUCACAGUGGUCACCAGGCUGUUAACCAUGUCCACUCCUACCCUUCUGUGCAGAAAAAAGUUAUAUAUCUUUCCUCUUGAAGAGACCACCCUGUGUGUUUAACAUUUCUGGUUCUUCUAGUGCUUAUCUGUGAGCACAAGAAACCUUGUGCCUCGAACUCAUAGGUGUGUGGAUUUAUGUCUGUGUCUUCAAUUCAUUUCCAUUCAUCAACAUGUCCAUUUUUGUGAAAUACCAUGUGCCUUUAUUACUAUAGUUCUGUAGUACAAUUUGAGAUAAGGAUAGUGAUACUUCUAGCAGUUCUCUUAUUACUCAGGAGUGUUUUACCUAUCCUGAGUUUUUGUUUUUCAUAUGAAACUGAAAAUUAUCAAGCUCUGUGAAGACUGUUGGAAUUUUGAUGGGUAUUGCAGUAUAUCUGUAAAUCACUUUUGGUGGGAUGUCCAUUUUUACUACAGCAAUCCUGGCAAUCUGUGACCAUGGGUGAUCUUUCCAUCUUCUGUUAUCUUCUUCAAUUUCUUUCUUCAAUGUCUUAAAUUUUUUAUCAUGUAAGUCUUUCACUUGCUUAGUUAGAGUUACCCCAAGAUAUUUUACAUUUUUGAGGCUCUUGUGGAAGUUGUUUCCCUUAUUUCUGUCUCAGACUGUUUGUCAUUUGUAUAUAAGAAAUCUACUAAUUUUUGUUAAUGUUGUAUCCUGUUACUCUUACUGAAAGUGUUUAUAAGUGGCAAGAAUUUCCCAGUUACAGUUUUGGGGACACUUAGGUAUACUAUGACAUCAUCUGCAAAUAAAGAUACUUUGACUUCUUUACUAUUUAUAGCUUCUUGAUGUAUUUCAGUUAUUUUAUUGUCCUAGUUAAGACUUCAAGUACUAUAUUGAAUAGGUAUGGGGUGAGUGGAUAUCCUUGUCUUGUUCUUGAUUUUGGUGAAAAUGCCUUAAGUUUCUCCUAAACUGUUUUAAGUUGAUGUUAGCUGUAGGCUUGCUGUAAAUUGCCUUUAUUAUGUUGACAUAUAUUUUUUUGUAGCCCUGUCUCUCCAGGACUUUUAUCAUAAAGAAGUGUUAGAUUUUGACAAAGCCUUUUCUACAUUUAAUGAGAUGAUCAUUGGUGAAUAAUUUGAGGACUAUUCAGUUGUCUUAAGGGAAGGCCCUCCAACACCCCCAUCUCCCAAGUCCCCAGUUCUUUCUUCAACUUCCUCUAUCUUCUACUCUAUGGUAUUUCAGUCUAUGUGACCUACGGACACCCCAGUGAUCUUCAGAGCUACUUAGAUUCACCAAAUGGAUACAUCCCAAACCUAAGCGAUCUUGUGUGUGUGUGUGUGUGUGUGUGUGUGUGUGUGUGUGUGUGUGUGUGUGUGUGUGUGUUUCACUGAGUAGAGGUACUUCUGCUAAGCAGAGGCUGCAUGGCUUUGCCUGUGCCACCUUGGUCACUAUAAGCACUGUGCUCUGACACCUCCCUUCAGUGUCCACUGGGCUCCUUUCACCGGGCCUUGUCAUACCUACUGCUCAGCUAAUAUAUAUAGGAUCCUCAGAUCCACACCCUGCACAGCCCUCUUUCUUCUCCUAUACCCUGCCUCCCUACAACCAUUCCAUCAUUCAAAUCCCAAGGCAUACCUACCUGUGCCAGGCACUGUGCUCUUACUUUGGAUGCCAUGUUAAAUACAUAAAUCCUGUAUCCUCCUCUAUUCUGUCAAGACCGCCCUUUGCUAACACACCCUGUCACUUACCUCUUCAUUUGCUGGCCUCCUUCCUCAAAGCCAUGGGAAACAUCUGGUCCAGAGAUAUCUGGUUAUCAAUCAGAUUCUGCUCAAAAAGUCCUACAAAGUGAAGGGCUUUCUGGCUAAUGAUUCAUAGGGAGAGACAUACCACGCAGAUAAGGUUAGGUUUGUAAUUUACCCAUCACAGCACAGUUCUCCUAUACCAAGACAAAAAGCCAAGAAUAGCACUCUGAAAACAAAGGCCAUGACUAUGACCAGAGUGUGGCAUGCCGAGGAUCAGGGAACUUGGCAGGGUACCACCUAUUCAACCACUUCCAGCUCCUCACUGAGGAGAAAAAACAAGAUUUGUCUUCCUAGUCAGACUCACAGGUAUGGACAACAAGAUUCAGACAGCCUAAGAAAUCUACCCUAUAUUUAACGCUAAUACUAACAUCUACCUCACUGAGCCCAUUAGGUUUUUAUAGCCUGUCCCCCACCAUGCCCCACACACCUUAUUAAUUCUCUACCCUUCUUUCAUGUCACAUGAAUUUUAUAGUCAUUAGAAAACAUGUCAGAAGUCUCUGGUCCCAAACAUGAAUCCAAGGACAUUUAAUUAUGAAAAGCAAAAGCAGCAAACUUCCUGUUGAGCAAGUUAGCUCUAGUUAGUUCUCAAGAGCAGCUUUUGAGAAAAUGUCCCACCAGCAAACAAAGCCAUUAAAAUGUAGUUUAAAUCUCAAGUUUUAUAUAUAUAUAUAUGGAGGAGACUUAAGAUCAUGGACAAAUAAUGACAAAAAGUGAGGCAUUAGUAAAGCUAGAUUCUUGUGUUUUGGUUUCUGAUGAAGUUAUCAGUAAGUAUAACAAUGAGUUUAUUAAAGACUUCACAAGACCACUACCCACAGGUCCCCUCUGUGCUACAUCCAAUCUCUCCACCUUGCUAGAUCUCCCAUACCUUUUUUCAGGGUCUUGCCUGGUGAGUAUCCCUGACCUUCUCCAUCCAUGCAUUCCCACAACCCAAUAGAUCUAGCCUGGAUCCCACAUCCACUGUCCUGGCUUAUUCUGGCUACCCUGGCCUGCACUGCAACCAAUUUCUUGGCCUUUUCCAUCUUACCUACCUCCUAACCCACAGUCCCCUCCUAUGCUACAUCCAACCUUCCAUCCAGCCAGAUCUACUUCCAUACUCCAGGCUUGGACUAGGAGACACAUCCUGUAUAUCAGCCCAGUCCUUAUGUCUACCUGAUAUCAUUCCACCCAAGACAUUUCCAACUUCUAUGCCCAAUCUUCCCACAUACCCUAUUUUCUACCCCAACACGCUCUGUCUUUAUCAGACCUAGAACUAACAAAAGCAGUCCAUACAUCCGAAUCUCACUGUAAAAAUGCAAACAAUAUGAAAGAUCAAGUCAGUAUCUUUCCUUUCAAACAUAACAGCCCUGUAGAAAUGUUUGCCAAAGACAGAAACCUAGAUGAACCACAGAAAACAGAAUUUUAAAGAACAAUCCUAAAUGUCAUCGAAGAAUUCAAAGAGUUUAAAGAAGACACAAAGAAAUAACCCAAUGAAACUAAGGAGAAAGAACAUUAGAAAAAAAUGCCUGGGUGAUAUCCAAGAAAACACAAAGAUAAGGUUGAUAGAAAUGACAAAGAGAAUCCUGGACUUGAGAACAAAAUGCAAUGAGGAGGUAGAAAUAUGAAUAUGACUCAAGAUAAAAUGAAUAUGGAAUUGAUAAAGCCAACAACUCAACUAGAAAACUUAAAGGAAAACCUUAUAAUGAGAAUGAAUCAAGCACAAGAUGGAAUAUCAGGACCUGAAGAUAAAGCAAAGAAUCUAUAACAAGUAAGAAAGGAAUAUGAAAACUUAACACACACACACACACACACACACACAGAGACAGAGAGAGACAGACAGACAGAGACAGAGACAUAAAAGGAACAUACAGGAAAUGUGGGACACUAUGAAAAAAAAACAACAAACCUUCAAAUUAUAGCUAUAGACAAGGGAGAAAAAUAACUAGUAAAUGCCAUAGACCAGCUCUUCUAAAGGAUCAUAGAAGAAAACUUCCCCAAACUAAGAAAAGUUAUAAUCGUACAGAUACAAGAAGAACACAGAACAACAAAUAGAAACAAGCAGAAGAGAAAAUCCCCACAUUAGAUGAUAGUCAAAAUACUAAGCAUACGUAGCAAAGAAAGUUUAUUGAAAGCUUCAAGAGAAAAACUGCAAGUUACAUAUAAAGGAAAAUCCAUAGUAUAGCAGCUGAUUUCACAAUGGUAACUUUCAAAGCCAGAAGAGCCCAGAAAAAUGCAUUCCAAGUCCUAAAAGACUAUGAUGGUCAGGAUAGACUAAUAAACCUAGCAAAACUAUCUGCCAUAUCUUUGAAGGAGAAAGAAAAACUUACCAUGAUAUAAGCAACCUAAAAAUAUUGUGUAGAACAAACUAAACCUGAAGAAAAUACGGUGAGCAAUAGUUCAAUCUGAAGAAUGAGCAUAGCCAAAAGACUGUGGAAGGAAAUACAAAGUCAUAAUCUUUAUAACACAGGGACCACUGUUAACAUAAACAAACAUAAAAAAAACCACCAAAACAACAUGAUGAUCACAACCAACAUAUACAUGUCAAUAAUAACUUUAAACGUCAAUGGCCUCAAUUCUUCCUUCAAAAGGCACAGGCCAAUCAAAUGGAUCAAGAAACAAAACCUAUCGAUCUGUAUUCUAAAAACACAAAACAAAACCACAUCUUUGCUUUAAAGACAGGUACCACCUUAGAGUAAAAGGAUAAACAGAAGUACUCCAGGUAGGACCAGGAAGCAAGCAGAUGCCACUAUUCUUAUAUCUGACAAAACAGAUUUCAAAUUAAAACCAAUCAGAAGAGAUAAAUAGGGACAUUUCAUUGUAAUUAAGGGAACAGUUAACCAAGAAGACAUUAGUACCCUAAACAUAUAUGCAUCAAAUUCAGGGGCACCCAAUUUCAUAAAAACAAAACAACAAAAACCCAACUGCUAUUGGACUAAAAGACACAGAUUAAUAUCAAGCCAUUAAUAGUAGGUGACUUCAAUACCCAACUUUCUCUAAUAGACAGGUCAUCUGGACAAAAAAUAACAACAACAACAAAAAACCCAUCAGAACUAUUGACAUUAUACUUCAAAUGGACUUAACAUACCUAUAGAAUAUUCUACCCAAAUACCAAAGAAUAUACAUUCUGCUCAGCAACACAUAGAUUUUUUCGAUACAGACCAUGUCCUAAAAUACAAAACAAAUCUUUACAAAUUCAAACAAAGACUAAAAUCACUUCUUGUAUCCUAUUUGACCACAAUGCCAUAAACUUGAAAUGGACAGCAUACAAAUCUCUAGUAAAUACACAAACUCACAGAGAUUAAACAACUGAUUAUUAAAUAAUGACUGGGUCAAAGAAGAAAUCAAGAAAGAAAUAACUUCCUGGAACUAAAUUAAAAUGAAAAUGUAAUACAAUAAAAUCUCUGAGAUGCACUGAAAGCAGUCCUAUGAGGAAAAUUCAUUGCUCUAAGUGUCUACAUUAAAAAAUCAGAAAGAGCACCAAAAAAUGAACUAAUGAUGCAACUCAAAAAUUUUGGAAAACAAGAACAAAUCAAAACCAAAUCUAGUAGACAGUCACAAAUAAUAAAAGCAAGAGCAGAAAUCAAUGAAAUAGAACAAAUAAAAUAAUACAAGAAUCAACAAAUAUAAGAGCUGGUUCUUUGAGACGAUAAACAAGAUUGAACAGACUCGGCCCACCUAAUCAAAAGAAAUAGAGGACCCAAAUUAACUGAAUCAGAAGUGAACAGGAAAACAUGACAACUGACCAAAGAAAUUUAAAAUAUUUUAAGAGGAUACUUUUAAAACCUGUAGUCCACUAAGCUGGAAAACCUAAAAGAAAUAGAUGAAUUUCUAGAUUCAGCCAAACCAUAAACAUUAACCAAGAAGUCAACAACCUAAACAGACCCAUAACAAAUGAGACUGAAAUACUAAUAAAAAGUCUUUCAGCUAAGGAAAAAGUCCAGGGCCAGAUGCAUUCACAGCAGAAUUCUAGUAGCCUUUCAAAAAAGAUGUAGAGUCAGCCCUUCUCAAACUAUAUUUAAAAAAAAAAAGAAAAGAUAGAAAGAAAGAAACAGAAAGAACAGUACCAAACUCCUUCUAUAAAGCCAGUAUCAUUCUAGUACCAAAACCAGAUAAAGAUAUAACAAGAAGAACAACAAAACUACAGGCCAAUAGUCCUGAUGAACAAAGACUCAAAAUUGCUCAAUAAAAUACUUGCAAACAGGAUAUAGACAUAUUUCAAUAUGUACACCAUGACCAACUUGGCUUUAUAUCUGAAAUGCAGGGAUGGUUCAAUAUCAACAACUCAUUAAAUAUAAUAAAUCACAUUAAUGGACUUAAAAACAAAAAUCAUAUGAUCAUCAUAGAUACAGAAAAAUAGAUGCAAUCAAUCAAUGUAGAAAAAAGCCUUUGACAAAAUCCAACAUGAGUUCAGGAUAAAAGUCCUAGAAAAUAUGGGGCUAGAGGGAAUAGACCUCAACAUAACAAAAGCUUUUGUAGUAGUUUGAGUGAGAAUGCCACCAAAGACUCUUGCCUUUAAAUCUUUUGGUCCCCAGUGAGGGAAGGAUUAGGAGGUGUUGCCUUGUUGAAGGAGAUGUUACUGGGGGGUGAGCUUUGAGGUUUCAAAAGCCCAUACCAGGUACAGUCUCCUUCUCUCCUUUCCUCCCCUUCUCUUGGCUUCUCUCUUCUCUCCUCUCCCCUCCCCUCCUGUCCUCCCUU